UCACUUUGAUGCACUUCUGUUCGCUAUAUUAUAUUCUAUACAACUGCCAUAACCUCAGCACGAUGUCAGUCAGCACUUGGUAAGAAAUGCACGUGGGCACCCAGGGGAGACGUUUAGGGGCCUUUCCCUUUGAACAACAACGUGAGACACGUGAUUCGGUCGGUCGCGCGCGGCGGGUGAAGGUUCACCGGCAUGGCUCCCGCGUAUCAGGUGACAACGUGGGCAAAGCUGCAGCCAGCGAGCCGCCUCGGACUCAAACCCAGCGAACGAUGCGAGGAGGAGCCGCAGGCCGCGGGGCAGCGCUGCGCGCGGAGGAGCCCGGGGACGAGGACUCGGCUGCGGCGGGAUAUUACGACGACGCGCCGGGCGGUGAGGACGGAGUGUUGGGCUUCAGCGAUUCUCUGAAUGGAGAGGUGAAACCUCGUAUACUGUUGAUGGGCAUGAGGAGGAGCGGGAAGUCCUCCAUCCAGAAAGUGGUCUUCCAUAAAAUGUCGCCCAACGAGACCCUGUUCCUGGAGAGCACCAACAAAAUCUGCAGAGAGGACGUGUCCAGCAGCUCCUUUGUCAGCUUCCAGAUCUGGGACUUCCCAGGCCAGAUCGACUUCUUCGACCCCACCUUUGAUUAUGAAAUGAUAUUCAGAGGCACCGGAGCGCUAAUCUUUGUCAUCGACUCACAGGACGACUACGUGGAGGCCCUGAGUAGGCUGCAUCUCACCGUGACCCGGGCCUACAAGGUCAACCCGGAGAUCAACUUCGAGGUGUUCAUCCACAAAGUGGACGGCCUGUCAGACGACAACAAGAUCGAGAAGCAGCGGGACAUUCAGAAACGGGCCAGCGAUGACCUGGCAGAUGCCGCCUUGGAGCACAUACACCUGAGCUUCUACUUAACCAGUAUAUACGAUCACUCCAUAUUUGAGGCUUUCAGUAAAGUGGUCCAGAAGCUGAUUCCACAGCUGCCCACGUUGGAAAACCUGCUCAACAUCUUCAUAUCUAACUCGGGCAUUGAGAAGGCCUUCCUGUUCGACGUGGUCAGUAAGAUUAACAUUGCCACGGACAGCAGCCCAGUGGACAUGCAGACGUACGAGCUGUGUUGUGACAUGAUUGAUGUGGUCAUCGACAUCUCCUGCAUCUACGGCCUGACGGACAGUGAAGCUGGUUUACCCUACGACGAGGAGUCCAUGGCCAUCAUCCACUUGAACAACACCACGGUCAUGUACCUGAAGGAGGUCACCAAGUUCCUUGCGAUCGUCUGCUUUGUCCGUAAGGAAAGCUUUGAGAGAAAAGGUAAACCAGCAUGGAGUGAUGACUUAAGAGGAGCGGAGGAGGGAGCCCCCGUUUGGGGAAGCAAAGGGCCCGUUAUUUUCUUUGCAUAUGCAAUGUUAUGGGACUUACAGGUUGAGUGUUCCUGUGGAAAGAUUGAGCUCUAUUUGAAAAUAGAAAAAUAUCUGUUGUGUACCCUUGUGUAUAUAAGAUGUCAACUACGACUACAUGGGGCAUUUCAGAAAGAAACAUUAUCCAAAUCUUAAAAUUAAACAAAGGUGGUCAUACUCUUCAAACUAGGCCAAAAAGGCACUUCUUACGUGACAAACUUUAGUUAUGUUAUACGACUACUGUAAAAUAAGUCAUAGUUCCAGUAAGGACACAAGUGGCGAUCUCCUUGGUGAAAGUUGUUCAUCCCAUCGUCCUCUCUCCCUCCUGAAGUGGAUUUCCUUGCUCUUUAUCACACGUCAAUUGCUCUGUGUGUAUAGUAAUAACACAGGUGGUUUUUCAUUGGAAGUAGCUGAAAGCCCAGUGCUUUUUUGCAACCGCUGACCAUAAGUCACAGUAGCACAGUAGUAGUUUACAAUGUUUACUAAAGGAGUAAAUUAGGAGAGACGUAGCAUAAUUCCCCCAUUGACUUGUAUAUGAAAAGACGAGUCGCCACCUGAUGGCCAAGUCUUCAGACACUUCUGCACUGAAGUAUCUCCUGAUACAGACUAAAUGGUGAGUUUUUUCAGACACUUCUUAAACAUGUCAACAUUCGAAGGGAUGAGUAUUUGACGUACUACCAGCACUAAAUAUUAGAACAGAUUGGCAAAGCCAAUGGCUGAUUGACAAGAAGGCUACAAAAACGAUAUGAACUUAAAUCAAUUUUUUUUAAUGCUUUUUUUUAUGGUCUCCUGCACAACAGGUUUCCUGACGAACCGACAAAGUGAAGCACCACCCAGUGGGUUUGUGUGAAUUCUCUUCUGCCAUUACACAGAAUGCUUUAUAAUGAUGUAGCGGGCCGGUCAGCUGCUGGGAGCAAUAGGGCGCUCCCUGCCUCUCUCAAGGGUACUCACACACUGGCUGCUGAUGAAAGAAAGGACAGUGUUCACUCCCAGCAUUGUCACACGGGCUGAGGCAUUCUCCCCAGGUCAACCUCUACAGCAGCAAAUACUUACAAUGAGUUAACGGCUUAUAUUGCAAUGGUUUGUUUGUAGCUACUGACUUCCGAGCCACAAAUUCUGCAGCAUAACAACCUAAAGUAGCACUUUUCAAAAGAUGAAUAGCAUCUCCCGUGUCUCACUGUGUGUGAGUGGUGGUGUGAAGCCGCAUCCACUUGUUAUCCUCAUCGACCGCAGCCAGCAGACAUACGGGUGUAUGUCUGCUGGCUGCUGUGUGCUUCAGUAGUUAUCCUUGCUCGGUUACACCUAUCAGCAGUUCGGUUCUCUCAGCUCAUAUAUACAUAUUGAGAAGCCUGGAACAGUCGGUGUCUUACAGUGGGGCACACAGAGCUGUCUGCUCUCCCAGAAUCUUAUGUUGGAAACUCGAGACAAACAGACAUAAUGUUAAAGGUCAAAGUGAGUAUUACAGAGCCACCGGCUCCAAACAGGCAACUGCUUAUACUUUCAUUUACAGUUGUAAGUCAGUAAACAAUAAAAAGCCAACUACGUGUGUGUGUAUAUAUAUAUAUAUAUAUAUAUAUAUAUAUACACACACACACACACACAUACUUCUAUGUCACUAUGCUAUAUACCCUAGCGAGAAAUCUUUUUAACUCAACAUACAAAAUAUAGAAUAAAAACAUUGCUAAUAUAGAAACGCUUCAACCUCAGAAACCAAAAUACAAUACAAUAAAAACAACAACAAAACAAAUGCCCUUGCUAGUCAAACAAUCAACUAUUCUAAUUUGGUCCAAAAAUCCCUUCAAAGUUAGUUAUCUA